UUCGCGGGUUAUUUAUCGAACGCAGCUGCCACGUAAAUUGGGGUUACGAGCUUUUACGACCCCGACAAUUUGCACCGAGCAAGGGUUAAAAACAAUUUUUAAUGUUUGUAUAACGAAGUUGUAAAGCAUCGACGACGAGGCGCCGCCCAUUAUUGGCACCUGCUCGGGUAAUAAAGCAAUUGCUGGCGAUUAUCGAAAUUCACGGUUUGCGGAAUCGUGCCCCGAGCUAGGCUUUCCUCGAAACUGGAGUAUUGAAAACUACCCCUUUCUGUCUUGAUGAUAUUGUAUAAAUGUAACAAAUAAAAUAUAUUUUCGGAUAUGAAAAUUUUAAAAUAUGGAGGUUUGGAAAUGCAAGAUAUUGCUGCUAAAAUAUUCCUGAUCGUUAUUAAAUAUGAUAAGGAAUAUGACGCGAAUAAUGUUUACGCGCGCUUUAAGUACCCAACUCCAUAAUUCGUACAAUUAAUUCCCCGUCACAUUUAUUAACGAUCAAAAAUAUUUUAGCGAUACGAUCGUGAGAAGGGGAAAAUAUUAACUUAACAUUAUGAUUACAUUUUAUUACUUUCCGACUUUAAUCAUCGAUAUUAAUUCGUAUCUCUCCUAAAUACCGAUCGGGUCUGCAAUUAGUAACAUACUCCGUCUCCGCCUUUAACGUUUCAAAAUUCUCUUCCCCCAAAUCCUUUGUCAAUUAGAUCACGCGAUAGGCCGCCGGCCUAAAAAUUUUCGAGGCGUUCCAAUACGGCGAUAAAGAGGCAAGCUGCACGAUGAUAAAGCUUCGGACAGAUUAAGUCGUAGGGACUUUCGGAUCUUUUACUAACAUACGUAUGGUAAUCGUACCGCCCUGAUUGUUUCAUCAAAAAUCCGAACACCUUGCGCCUUUUGUCCUUUUCCAUUCGAUUUCACUAUCCUCUCUAGUUCGCAAAAUUAAUGUUUGCCCCGACAAAUUCUGUCCCCGAACAAAAAGACUGACUAAGCUUGAAAAAUAAUAGGAAACCCCAGCCUCCUAACAUCGCUGGUUACUCGAGACGGCAGCUGCAUGUUUUCGACAAAAUUGCCGUCGAUGAAAUUGCAUCGAGAAAAUAGGAGUCUUUCUUGCAGGACUAUCCUAUCUUGCUUUUUUAGCCGCUCCCUUUUUACCCCUUGCCUUCUUUAGCUCUCUUUUCUUCUUAAGUAGCCGAUAGUUCAAACCGGUUUUUAUUUGCAGGUCCCUCGUUCCGCCUUCUUCUUUUUCUCCCUUUUCUACCAACGGGUUACAUACUCUUUCACGCCUGCUCCAAUAGAACGAAUCGUUUGCAAAUUGGCUUGGGUUAGGUCAAUUUUGCAUACACGCGCCGGACCUGUAAAUUGCGGAUCCUAAUGUUUCUUCUUUUUCAAAGGGUUCACUGUUUCGAGCGGUUCGAUGAUGUUUGACUUGGUGAUUACAUUUUUUAGAGAGUAUCACGGAAAUUCUGGGAUCAAUAUGCCGCAUACAGGUCAAGCGGGAGUUAAUCAACUGGGUGGUGUCUUUGUUAACGGGAGGCCAUUGCCCGAUUGUGUCCGGCAAAGAAUCGUACAGCUUGCUUUGGUCGGCGUAAGACCGUGCGAUAUAUCACGACAGCUGCUCGUCUCUCAUGGAUGCGUCUCGAAAAUCCUGACUAGAUUCUACGAAACCGGAAGCAUUCGACCUGGAAGCAUCGGGGGUAGCAAAACAAAAGUUUUGCAGCAAGUGGCCACGCCAACGGUUGUCAAAAAGAUCCUCCGCAUGAAGCAAGAACAACCAACGAUGUUCGCCUGGGAAAUCCGUGAACAACUUGCGCGACAAGGAGCUUGCGAUCCUCAGAGUCUACCGUCUGUUUCCUCGGUGAAUAGAAUUCUUCGGGGUGGAGGACUUCACACCGACCACACAGGCAUCGAGAGUGGUUCAUCCAGCAGUUAUCCCUCGCAAGUUUCUCCAAAUGUCUCCAAUGGAGAUACACUGAUGCGAACGGAUUACCAGUUGUUCUAUCCCGGAAAUCUGGGACAAUUGCACACUUCCACGACUUCCGGUAACACCAGCGCUGCAUCGUGGAAUCCAAGUUUGUACUCGUCCCUUUAUCGAGCAACAACUCUACACUUGCAUCACGGAAUGUAUGCUUUCACAUCGUUAGACGUGGAUCGUCUGUCAGAACAAAACGGAUCAACGAACCAGGUUGACUUGAAGUCCAGCUCCAGUUCCAUGGCAGGAAGCGACGAUUCCCUGGACAAAAGCGAUCUGGAUGAGAACACUGAAUCGCAGGAUCACUACAAACCGUUCCAGAAUUCGCCAAUUAUCCUGGAACUCGGUCAAAAAAUCGGAAGCGAUCGUAGCGCCUUCGUGAGACACAGCACAUCCGGUUCCUCCGGAAGCUUCGAAAAUCGACAGAGCCCAUCUCCGACAACCAGUCAGAAACAGAGCACCGCGUCCCCACGGAUGCCGGAAACCGGAAACGAACAGAGCAGCAUGGCCAAAGAAGCAACGGUCGAAGAAAGACCGGUGCAACCUCAGAGAAAAAGGAAUCCUUAUUCGAUAGAGGAGUUGUUGAAGAAAGACGAGGAUAAGACUGCCUCGAAGAGGCCGAAGUUGACCAACAUCGGUGUGGUACAACCAUGUGGAAACAUCCUGAAUAAAGAAAUUUAAAAUAAUCGAAUGGAAAAAGAAAGUUGUGCGUGGAGUGAUGGAAAAUUUUAGGGAUUUCUUUCUUGUAAUUAUUGCAAAGUAGCAGUUUUCAAAUUUCAUGAAUGUUUUAGGCAAUGACAGUUAACCCUUCUGCUGUGUUACCAUUAUAGAAAUUUAACAUAUUAUUUUCCAUUAUUUUUCACUACUUAAGUUAACCCUUUGCACUUGAAAGGUGACUCACUCAACUUCAGUUUGAUAGAACAAUUUAAAAUAAAUAUUUUUUAACUGAAUUUAUAAUAUUAUAUAUAUGGUGUAUAGUGAAGAAGACAAUAGU